UUUAAACCCUGGGGAACACAUUUCUAAUCUUCAAGUGUGUCUUCCUCUGGCCAUUAUAGUCUUCCCUUCCCUUUUUCCAUGGUGUGAAUAUAUAUAUAUAUCAUCACUCUCAUUGUUGUCAAGCAAGAGAUAAUAAUAGAACAGAUAAAAUUACUUUGAAACUCUCUUUCUCAACUCAACAAACAUGGGGAGAGCUCCUUGCUGUGACAAAGCUAACGUGAAGAGAGGCCCAUGGUCGCCGGAGGAAGACGCCAAGCUCAAGGCUUAUAUAGACGAAAACGGCACUGGCGGCAACUGGAUUGCAUUGCCUCAGAAGAUAGGGCUAAAGAGAUGCGGCAAGAGCUGUCGUCUUAGAUGGUUGAAUUAUCUUCGACCAAACAUCAGGCAUGGAGGGUUUUCAGAAGAAGAGGAUAACAUCAUUUGCACCCUUUACAUAAGCAUUGGAAGCAGAUGGUCUAUAAUUGCAGCACAACUGCCUGGGAGAACCGACAAUGAUAUUAAAAACCACUGGAACACAAAGCUUAAAAAGAAGCUCCUGGGCAAACAGAGAAAAGAGCAUCAAGCUGGGAGAGCUACCUGCCUUACCUUUAACCAAGAAAUGAAUAUAGGAAGUGAGGAUUAUACGGUUCCUGGAACGAUGAACCAGGCCGCACACUGGCCGCUGCUGCCACCACCAGUCAUGCCCUUACCAAGCACGCCCCAAGAUUCAAUGAAUUUUCGAUACCCUUUCGAUGUUUCGUUUGCUCAAGACCAGCCAUAUGAGUAUUCCAUGAACAUACUUUCAUCUGCUUCUUCCCUUAGUCCCUUAAACUGUACUUGUUCUCAACUCACAGACGGAAUUUCCCAUUUUAAUGUUAACGAUGUUGAUGGUCCUGAUGAUGUGUUUCAAGGUCUUGAUAGUUUCCAAGCGGAGCUAAGUGAGCUGAUCUACUGCAACAAUCAACAUAUAAUGGAUGGGAUUGAUGGCUUUUAUGGAACAGAAAACAUGGUCGAUGGCAGCAGUACUGGGACUAGUUCAGUUGAAGGUAGAAGCUCGGGAGACAUAAAUUCACUACCCUAUCCUCAAAUUGUGUCUGGAUUUGAAGCUUGCCAACAUCAAAGCAUUCCCACAAAAUUCUACCUGUGAUGAAUCAAGCUACUUCGGGCCACAACGACUGCACUGUAUACAUGGGUGGUGUAAAUUUGUAUCAACUAGGGGUAUAGAUUGUUUUUCAUCAGAGAAUUUCAGAAAAGAAGAGAAAGAG